AUGAAAAUUGAUAUUCAUAGCCACAUUCUGCCUAAGGAAUGGCCUGACCUAAAAAAGAGAUAUGGAUACGGUGGAUGGGUCCAGCUGGAUCAUCACUGCAAGGGACAGGCAAAGAUGAUGAAGGAUGGAAAGGUUUUCAGAGUUAUUCAAGAGAACUGCUGGGAUCCAGAAGUACGGAUUAAAGAGAUGGACCAGUCAGGAGUCACCGUCCAAGUCCUGUCCACAGUCCCUGUAAUGUUCAGCUACUGGGCCAAACCUCAGGACACUUUAGAUCUCGCCCAGAUAUUAAAUAAUGACUUGGCUGCCACGGUAAAGAAGUACCCCAGGAGGUUUGUUGGGCUGGGCACGUUACCUCUGCAAGCUCCAGACCUGGCUGUGAAGGAAAUGCAUCGCUGUGUGAAGGAACUGGGAUUUCCUGGAGUGCAGAUAGGAUCUCAUGUCAAUGAGUGGGACCUGAAUGCCCCCGAGCUGCACGAUGUUUAUGCUGCUGCUGAGAAAUUAAAUUGCUGUCUCUUUGUGCAUCCCUGGGACAUGCAGAUAGAUGGGAGGAUGUCCAAAUAUUGGUUUCCCUGGCUAAUAGGCAUGCCAACAGAAACAACCAUGGCCAUUUGCUCCAUGAUUAUGGGAGGAAUCUUUGAAAAAUUCCCUAAGCUGAAAGUUUGCUUUGCACAUGGAGGUGGAGCUUUUCCAUACACAGUGGGUCGAAUCUCCCAUGGGUUCAACGUGCGCCCCGAUUUGUGUGCCAUGGAUAAUAAGGUGGAUCCAAGAAAAUACCUUGGCUCAUUCUACACAGACUCUCUUGUCCACGACCGUGGGGCACUAAGGCUGCUAACAAGUAUAGUGGGAGAGGACAAAGUUAUUCUGGGGACAGAUUACCCUUUUCCACUUGGGGAACUGGAACCUGGAAAAUUGAUUGAUUCAAUGGAUGAUUUUGACCAUAAACUGAAGGAUAAACUCAAGGCUGGAAAUGCUCUGGAAUUUUUGGGUCUUAGCAGAAAACAAUUUGAGUAAUUAUGAAGUACUAAAGCAGCUAAACUUCAGAAAUAACA